GCGGGCUCGGACGAGCAGUGGGCAAUGGACGCGGCCUCGGGCGGCGGGUGGCUGCAGUCGCCGCCGUGCAAGGUGCUGUCUGGGCAGCUGCGGCUCGGCGUGAGGCGGGACGGGCAGCCGUCAGGGUGGCUGCUGGAGCGGGCGGGCGGCGGUCGGGCUCCGUUGGACGUGAGUGUGGUGUGGAUGCAGGGGACGGUGCUGGAGGUGCGGCCCGAGCACAACACCAGCCUGCAGCUCCUGGACGAGGCCGGCACGUUCACCGUGGUCGGCGCGGCCGCGGUCCCGCAGGGCAGGCCCUGCACUAGCCCAGCUGCUCCUGACUUGCUGAAUAUUUCCAGCACUUUCUGUCUUUGUUACCUGUUAGUGUACCUUCGCAAGCUGGCUGGUUUUAUGUGUGCGUGGCGGAGCAUUCUUCUCCCGACUGGUCUUCUGCACUGCUGGCUCCUUUGAUGGGGGACCAUGUUGUACUUCAGUGACUUCGGCUGCAGAGGAGCAGAACAAGGAUGACAAGUUUUGGAAAAGGAAUGAGCUGUCGCAUAAAAGUAUCUCCGACGUGGAAUCAAAAUCUGACCACUGAGGUGGGAACCUCACUUCACUUUAAACAAUUCACUGGGCCUUUAAUGGUCAGUGGAAAGCAAAUAAAAAUACUUUGGGCUGUUGAACAUAGUCCAGCUGCAAAGUGGAUCCUAGUAGAUUUUAAUCCCUACUCGCUCAAAACGUGCAAGGUAAUAGACUGACAGCAUGGAAAUUUUCUGACUAGAUACAGUAGUGUAGUGGUUAGCGUAAUGCUUCACAGCGCCAGCGACCUGGGUUCAAAUCCGGCCGCUGUCUGUAAGGAGUUUGUACGUUCUCCCCAUGUCUGCAUAGGUUUCCUCUGGGUGCUCCGGUUUCCUCCCACAUUUCCAAAGACAUACAGGUUAGGAAGUUGUGGGCAUGCUAUGUUGGCGCUGGAAGCAUGGUGACACUUGCGGGCUGCCCCCAAAACUCCUUAUGCAAAAUAUGUAUUUCACUGUGUAUUUCGAUAUACAUGUGACUAAUAAAGAUAUCUUUAUGCUUCA